CCUCCGCCGCGUGCAGAGUUCGAGUCAUAGGCCAACUCUCGAGUAGCUUUAGAAAUCCAGCCACAACUGGGCGUUUGUAUUGGAUACAAAGAGGACGUGGACACCUGCUGCAGCGUAAAGGCCUGCACCGCGGCUUGCUCUUCUCUUCUUUCGCGUUCGCGUUCGGAGCGCGCUGUCUCUCUAAGGACACGAUGGGCGUGUAGCGGCACUUUGCCAUUCACAAGCCAGCGAGCAACAUGGUACUCUACUACGCCAAGCGGUGCAAGACGGUGCUCGAGAAGCUCGGGUUCCGGCGCGUGUACGUGGCGCUCGAGGUCCUCUCGGACGCGCGUGUGCUCAUUUGGGUCAACUCGGGCGACGAGUACAACACAGACCAAAUCGUCGACGCGGUGUGGAACCAGCGCUGCGGCCUGCGCCUUCGGCUCCUCGACGACGACGGGGCGGUUCUCAAGAAGCACCUUCUCUUUGACUGCCAAGCCGAUAUGUUUUACUUUCUCAUGGAGCUCGGUAUGGAGCCGCUUCAAAAUGGCGGCAAGGUGCGGCGCGGCUCGUUCACAAACCCGAUUCUCCAAAGCCCCAAGCGCAAGAGCAGCCUCCGCCGCUGAAGCGCAUUCCGUCUCGUUCGCCAACUAUUUAAGCAGCAGCCGUCUUCGUCUCUGCCACGAGAGUCGUGUCCUGGACCAUCUGUAGAAAGCCGCAUCCCACAUCUAAAUUAACUUCUCUCCAUGUGCUUCAACUUGGGUCCCUCGUGGGUGCGCACCAGACAAGUAUGAUUCCAUUGUAUUAAUAUCGGCAAGCCA